GCUCAGCCUCGCCGAGACCCCGCCUCGCCUCCAGCCCGCCCCUCCCCGGGGGGGGCUCCGCCAUGGCAAUGACAGGCCCCACGCCGUGCUCCUCCAUGAGCAAUCACACCAAGGAGCGAGUUACGAUGACAAAGGUGACGUUAGAAAACUUCUACAGCAACCUCAUUGCACAGCACGAGGAGAGAGAGAUGAGACAAAAGAAACUAGAACAGAUGAUGGAAGAAGAAGGCUUAAAAGAUGAAGAGAAAAGGAUCAGGAGAUCAGCCCAUGCACAAAAGGAAACGGAGUUUCUUCGCCUGAAGAGAACAAGGCUUGGACUGGAGGACUUCGAGUCUUUAAAAGUGAUAGGCAGAGGAGCAUUUGGAGAGGUGAGGCUGGUGCAGAAGAAGGACACGGGGCACGUCUAUGCCAUGAAAAUCCUGCGCAAGGCCGAUAUGCUGGAAAAAGAGCAGGUUGGCCACAUCCGUGCCGAGCGGGACAUCCUGGUGGAGGCCGACAGCCUGUGGGUCGUGAAGAUGUUCUACAGCUUCCAGGACAAGCUAAACCUCUACCUGAUCAUGGAGUUCCUGCCUGGAGGUGACAUGAUGACACUGUUGAUGAAGAAAGACACUCUGACAGAGGAGGAGACACAGUUCUACAUCGCUGAGACCGUGCUUGCCAUUGAUUCCAUCCAUCAGCUGGGCUUUAUCCAUCGGGAUAUAAAACCAGACAACCUCCUCCUGGAUAGCAAGGGCCACGUGAAACUCUCAGACUUUGGUCUGUGUACUGGACUGAAGAAAGCCCACAGGACAGAAUUUUAUAGAAACUUGAACCACAGUCUUCCCAGUGACUUCACUUUUCAGAACAUGAAUUCCAAAAGGAAAGCAGAGACCUGGAAGAGGAACCGACGGCAGUUGGCUUUUUCUACUGUGGGAACUCCAGAUUACAUUGCUCCUGAAGUUUUCAUGCAGACUGGGUACAACAAGCUUUGUGACUGGUGGUCCCUGGGGGUCAUCAUGUACGAGAUGUUGAUCGGUUACCCACCGUUCUGUUCCGAGACUCCUCAAGAGACGUACAAGAAAGUGAUGAACUGGAAAGAGACCCUGACGUUUCCUCCAGAAGUUCCAAUCUCUGAUAAAGCAAAGGAUCUUAUUUUAAGAUUUUGCUGUGAAUGGGAGCACAGAAUUGGUGCAUCUGGUGUGGAGGAAAUAAAGAGUAACCCAUUCUUUGAAGGGGUUGAUUGGGAGCACAUCAGAGAGAGACCUGCUGCGAUUUCCAUAGAAAUUAAAAGCAUUGAUGAUACCUCAAACUUUGAUGAAUUUCCAGAAUCUGAUAUCCUUAAACCAACAGUGGCAACAAGCAACCACCCAGAGACCGACUACAAGAACAAAGACUGGGUUUUUAUCAAUUACACCUACAAGCGUUUCGAGGGCCUGACGGCCCGAGGAGCAAUCCCAUCCUACAUGAAAGGAGGGAAGUGACACCAGCUUUACCUGGGACUUCUGAGCCGUGGAAUUCUGUUGCUGUACUUUGGGUUUAUACCCAUAAAAGAACUUUUUUUUGUUUUUUUAAGAAAACUUGAGGGCUGUCAACUCUUGGAGAAGACUUCAGGACCCUUGUUUUGUUACACACCUGGUUGUUACAAAGGAUUUUUUUUUUUUUUCCUGCCACCAUUGAAAAAUUCCACAACAUGUUUGCAUCAUCUCUGCUGCCAGCACCUUUGGCUGCUUCAGGAGCAAGAGUUAUUCCUUUUGAAAUCCUUUGCCAGAUUGUACAGUUUGGAGAUGGGAGCCUUCCCUUUUGGCAUUGCAAAGCACGGGACUCUCUAGGAUGGUUUGCCAGUCCUGCAUUAAGUGACAAACUCACUCUGCCAAUUCUGCCAGCACUGUUUGCCCAGUGGCUGAGGGCUCCAGUAACAAAGCAAUAAUUAAAGGUUGAGACAGACAACUCUCCAGGAAACUGGAGCAGAAGGACACGACUCGGAUCGCCUUAACCUUAGUUUGUAGUGCUGUUUUUAUAAUGCUCCUUGGAAGCCUCUCUGUAGCAUUUCUCAGCUCUGUCACAGUGGCCUCCACUCCUGGUGCACUUUACUUUUGGUACUAAGUGACCCUCAAGCCAUUUAAUACUUUUUUCUAAAUUAAAAAAAAAAAAAAAAAUCGUGCAACACUUUUCCUUCCCCGGAUAGAGGAGAAAUGGGCCAUUUCCUGCUCCCAGGGCCGAGUCUUUGGUCACUGUGUGACAGGGUGGAUCUGUAACAGCACAGAUAAUAAACUACAGCUGCUCCCACUGUGCAUCUGGAAUUAGAGCAGAGAGGGAGGGAAGUUCCUUGAACCUGAUCCCGGCUGGGUAAGUUGUGCAGAGCUGGCUCAGCCCGAGGCUCCCUCGGCUGGCUGGUGCCAUCUCUUGGCCAUCCCUGAGCUCUGCUACAUCUCCCCUGGCCUAAAGAUAAAAGAACAUCUUCUGUGGCCUUUUUGCUCUUGGUUUUGAGCAGAACAGGAUCAGAAUGUUGCUGGUGGAGGCCUGCCUGAUGUUUCCUUACAGAGCUGCUCUUGCUGUCCUGGCUGAACCAUCUGUCCCUGGAGUCUUCCACCGGCCGGGGUCACUUUUGGGGCAGUGGAACCCACCGUGUCCACUCUUAGGUUAUUGCCUACUGUAACUUGUAAAAGUUCUGAUCAGGUUCUCUCCAGGAGAGCCCCAAAGUGCCUUUCCUUGCCCAAGCCUCUCUGGCAACGUGACACCAUUUAGGGAGGGAGGGUCCUGCCUCAGCUGAGCUUUUCCCAAUUCCUUUUUCUGUUUGUAGUUAACUCUGCACUUCCAGGGGCAGGUGGCAUUAACCCUUUGGGCCUGCCUGGUUCCAGUCUGUCAUUUGCCAUCAGACUGAUAAAAAUCCUAACUUUUUGAGGUUUCCAAAAGCGCGUCUCAGUUUGAAUUGUCUUGGAUUCCUGCAGACUUCUAUUGGUGCUGAACAAGUCCAGAGUACAGACAAGACAAAGCUCGAGUGAUGCUUCACAGGAACAAAGAAAAAGGAAAAAAAAAAAAAAAAUAAAAGGCUUCCAGGGCUGUUUAGUCCUGAAUUUCUCGACUAGGAAACAAAACAAAAUGGGUUUGUAGUGGAACUUUUUUUAUAAUAGGUGCUUUUAGGGAAUUUUUACCUACAUGUCUUUGGAGUGCCAUCCUGAAGGACGGAGGGGGGAUUGCCAGUACUGUACAUAACUCGUGUCCUCUCCCUCACCACCCCCUGUGCUUUUUGUACCUGCCCCACGACUUUAAUGACUUGCCAUAAGCAGUUUUUAGGUACCAGUUGGAUCCUACCGAGCUGAAAUGCAAAAUAGCCUUAAUUAGAAGUGAUCCCAGGAUCGCCGUAGCCAGCAGGGCUCACUUGGAUGAAUAAGGGCUAAUGGAAGGAAUGGCUUACAGGAUCAGGCUUUUACCAACUCGUCCCUAAAAUCACCUUCUGCUCCCUUUGUACUUUGUGUGAAGGGCUGAUACCAACUCCUCCUGCAGUUUCUUCCAGCCAUCUGAAAAUGUUGCCUUAUAAACCAUUGGAAAUAAUAUAAAACCUUUUUUUUUUUAAUUCCUAACUACUUAGUUAUUGCCUUAAAAAAUGAAAUAAAA